AGCAGAGCUUCUGGUAGUGGGAGCUGCACCUCCGCCGCAGUCUGUACUCUGCCCUGCCUCUUCUUUCUCCUGACCAGCACACCUGACAGACAGCGACUCUUCAAGCCCAAGGAGGGUUCCUUCUCGUUUAUUUUCUACAUAAUCAGAAGGGGGUACUAGAAACCCCAACAAGGCGUGAUGAUGGCUGUCGAAACCCAAGCGCAAUAUACCACCUCUUAUAUGAUGAACGAGGAACACCAGUACAUGACGCCAGAGGAUGAGUGGGACAGGGACCUACUGCUGGACCCCGCCUGGGAGAAACAGCAGCGAAAGACUUUCACAGCUUGGUGUAACUCCCACUUGAGGAAGGCAGGGACACAGAUCGAGAACAUAGAGGAUGACUUCAGGAAUGGUCUCAAGCUCAUGCUGCUGCUGGAGGUCAUCUCAGGUGAGAGACUGCCCAAACCUGACAAAGGCAAGAUGCGUUUCCACAAGAUCGCCAACGUGAACAAAGCCCUGGACUUCAUCUGCAGCAAGGGAGUCAAGCUGGUGUCCAUCGGAGCUGAGGAGAUCGUUGACGGUAACACAAAGAUGACUCUGGGAAUGAUCUGGACCAUCAUCCUGCGCUUCGCCAUCCAGGACAUCUCCGUGGAAGAGACCUCUGCUAAAGAGGGUCUUCUUCUAUGGUGCCAGAGGAAGACUGCCCCCUACAGGAACGUUAACGUGCAGAACUUCCACAUCAGUUGGAAAGAUGGCCUGGCACUGUGUGCCCUGAUCCACAGACACAGACCUGACCUCAUUGACUACUCCAAACUGAAAAAGGAUGACCCCAUCGGUAACCUCAACACUGCCUUCGAGGUGGCUGAGAAGUACCUGGACAUCCCCAAGAUGCUUGAUGCUGAGGACAUUGUGAACACCCCCAAGCCUGAUGAGAAGGCCAUCAUGACCUACGUGUCCUGCUUCUACCACGCCUUCGCUGGUGCUGAGCAGGCUGAGACAGCAGCUAACAGGAUCUGUAAAGUGCUGGCUGUGAACCAGGAGAAUGAGAAACUCAUGGAGGAGUAUGAGAAGCUGGCCAGUGAGCUGCUGGAGUGGAUCCGCAAAACCAUCCCGUGGCUGGAGAACCGCACGGCGGAGCAUCACAUGAGAGCCAUGCAGCAGAAGCUGGAGGACUUCAGGGACUACCGCCGCGUCCACAAGCCGCCCCGCGUCCAGGAGAAGUGUCAGCUGGAGAUCAACUUCAACACCCUGCAGACCAAGCUGAGGCUGAGCAACCGGCCCGCCUUCAUGCCCUCUGAGGGAAAGAUGGUCUCGGACAUAGCCAAUGCCUGGAAGGGUCUGGAGCAGGUGGAGAAGGGAUAUGAGGAGUGGCUUCUUACUGAGAUCAGACGUCUGGAGAGACUGGACCACCUGGCUGAGAAGUUCAAACAGAAGUGUUCCCUGCACCAGUCCUGGACCUCAGGUAAGGAGGAGCUGCUGUCCAUGAAGGACUAUGAGUCGGCCUCUCUGAUGGAGAUCAGGGCUCUGAUGAGGAAACACGAGGCCUUUGAGUCUGACCUGGCCGCCCACCAGGACAGAGUGGAGCAGAUUGCUGCUAUCGCACAGGAGCUCAAUGAGCUGGACUACCAUGAUGCGUCCUCAGUGAACACCCGCUGCCAGGGCAUCUGUGACCAGUGGGACAACCUGGGUACCCUCACCCAGAAGAGAAGGGACUCUCUGGAGCGUGUGGAGAAACUGUGGGAGACCAUCGACCAGCUGUACCUGGAGUUCGCCAAGAGGGCGGCGCCCUUCAACAACUGGAUGGAUGGAGCCAUGGAGGAUCUGCAGGACAUGUUCAUCGUCCACAGCACCGAGGAGAUCCAUUCUCUGAUCACAGCUCAUGACCAGUUCAAGGCCACCCUGCCAGAGGCUGAUAAGGAGCGCAUGGCCACCAUGGGCAUCCAGAGUGAGAUCGUAAAGAUCGCUCAGACCUACGGCAUCAAGCUGUCAGGAGUCAACCCCUACACCAACCUCUCACCCCAGGAUAUCACCAACAAGUGGGAGACCGUGAAGCACCUUGUUCCUCUCAGGGACCAGAUGCUGCAGGAGGAGGUAGCCAGACAGCAGGCCAACGAGAGGCUGAGGCGCCAGUUCGCUGCCCAGGCCAACAUUAUCGGACCCUGGAUCCAGACUAAGAUGGAGGAGAUUGGUCAUGUGUCUGUGGACAUUGCUGGGUCUCUAGAGGAACAGAUGAACAGCCUGAAGCAGUAUGAACAAAACAUUAUCAACUACAAGUGUAACAUUGACAAGCUGGAGGGAGACCACCAGCUCAGCCAGGAGUCCCUCAUCUUCGAUAACAAGCACACCAACUACACCAUGGAGCAUAUCCGUGUGGGCUGGGAGCAGCUCCUGACCACCAUCGCCCGCACCAUCAACGAGGUGGAGAACCAGAUCUUGACCCGCGACGCCAAGGGCAUCAGCCAGGAGCAGCUCAACGAGUUCCGUGCCUCCUUCAACCACUUCGACAGGAAGAGAAACGGCAUGAUGGACCCAGACGACUUCCGUGCCUGUCUCAUCUCCAUGGGUUACGAUCUGGGUGAGGUGGAGUUUGCCCGCAUCAUGACGCUGGUGGAUUCCAACAACACUGGAGUGGUCACCUUCCAGGCCUUUAUCGACUUCAUGACCCGCGAGACAGCCGAGACAGACACAGCCGAUCAGGUCAUGGCCUCUUUCAAGAUCCUGGCCUCAGACAAGUCCUACAUCACGGUUGACGAGCUACGCAGGGAGCUGCCCCCAGAGCAGGCAGAGUACUGCAUCAGCCGCAUGACCAGGUACAUUGGAGCUGACGGCCCAGCCGGAGCCCUCGACUACAUCUCCUUCUCCAGCGCUCUCUAUGGAGAGAGCGACUUGUAAACCCCCUCUCCUCCUCCUCUUCCUUUUCUCCUUCCUUUAUCUUCCCCCUCUCCUGUAUGGAGAGAGCGACUUGUUUCCCUCCUCUCCCUUCUCCUCUCCUCCUCUUUCCCCUUACUUGUCCUCCCUCUAUCCUCCUCCUCUCAGUCAUCUGAAGUUUCCCUCAUUUUAAACCUUCCUCCAUGUUGUCCACACUUCCCAGAGAGGAAGAGACUCACCAUGUCCUGUUUAGGUCUGUCUGGAUAUCUUACUGUUUAACUGUCAUCCCUCUCUCAUUCAUACUGUCAUCUGUACUGCACCAAGUGCCUGAUGAGCCAGAACACCUGCAGUCACACGAUAAUCCGCUUCACACUAGCCUUCAGUAUGAUCAACAGGACAGAGAGAUCACAAAGGAAGAACAGAAAUAAAGAAAAAUACUAAAAUGGUUGAACAUUAGCAGAGUAUUGGAGCACAGCCCCUCUGGCCCUACACUCUUAGGAAAAAGGGUUCCAAAAGGGUUCUACCUGGAACUAAAAAGGGUUCUUCAAAGGGCUCUCCUAUAGGGACAGCUGAAUAACCCUUUUAUAGGUUCCAGAUAUCACCUUUUUUCUAAGAAUUUACACCUGUCCUCUCAGAAUAUUAAAAUAUGUUUUGGUAAAAUGGCUUUACAAAAAUGUGCAAUCUGAUUGGUUGGUUAUGUAUUGUUGCAGAUGCAUAUUGUGUUUAUACUGUAGUGGAAAUGCUGUCCAAUCUGAUUGGUUGGUUAUGUAUUGUUGCAGAUGCAUAUUGUGUUUAUACUGUAGUGGAAAUGCUGUCCAAUCUGAUUGGUUGGUUAUGUAUUGUUGCAGAUGCAUAUUGUGUUUAUACUGUAGUGGAAAUGCUGUCCAAUCUGAUUGGUUGGUUAUGUAUUGUUGCAGAU